AUGGACAAAGACAGGCUUGUUCUUUCGCCUAGUUUGCCCAUAAGAACGGAGGUGGAGAUCUCUUGGAAGCCUCCACCUCUAGAGUGGGUCACUCUCAAUUCAGAUGGCUCCGUCCUUCCUGACUCAUGCCAUGAGGCGGCUGGUGGCCUGAUUCGAGUUCACACAGGACGCUGCACUGCAGCGUUUGCGCUUAACUUGGGGAUUUGCUCUAUCACCCUAGCAGAAUUGAGAGGCGUUGUUGAAGGACUUCAGUUGGCUUGGGACAACGGCCAUCGAAGCGUUCACAUGGAACUUGAUUCCAGAUGUGCGAUUCAGCUACUUCGGAGUUGUGAGGCGAUGAAUCAUCAUGAGGCCGCUAUUAUUGGCCGUUUUCAGGAUCUUCUUUCUCGAGACUAG